CCUUCCUCCGGCCGCCGGUUCACCUUAAGGCGGGGGAAGGCCGGCAGAGAGCGGCCUACGGGCCGGGCCUACACCUGCGGCCUACACCCGGGGCCUGUGACCUACACCUGUGGCCUACGGGCAGCGCCUGAGGCCUGCGGACCGGGCCUACACUUGCGGCCUACGGGCAGUGCCUGCGGCCUACGGGCAGUGCCUGCGGCCUACGGGCAGUGCCUGCGGCCUACGGGCAGUGCCUGCGGCCUACACCUGAGGCCUACACCUGAGGCCUACGGGCCGGGCCGGGCCUACGCCUGCGGCCUACACGGGCAGUGCCUGCGGCUACACCUGAGGCCUAUGGGCCGGGCCUACGCCUGCGGCCUAUGGAAAGCGCCUGCGGCCUACACCUCGGGCUUAGGCCCAACAGCCCCCGGACCGGGCUUGAGGAGCUCCGGGUGUCCCCCCUCCCCGGAGCCGCUCCGCCUCUCCCGGCAGCCCGCGCGGUGCCGACGCCCCACCCUCAGGGCCGUGCCGGGCCGUACCGGGCCGUGGCGCGGGUUGGGGGUCUGGGCCGGGCGGUGGUCGCCGCCGUCAUGGAGCGGUUCUUGGAGGGGCGGCGGGCGGCCCUGCAGGAGCACAUCCAGCGUCGCCAGGAGGUGCACGUGGUGAUGGGCAAUGAAGCCUGCGAUCUGGACUCCACCGUGUCUGCCCUGGCCCUGGCCUAUUUCCUGGCAAAGACCUCUGUGCCACCCAGAGCCGCCUUCAUCCCGGUGCUGAACAUCCCACGCGCCGACUUCGCUCUCCGCACGGAGACGACGUUCCUGCUGCGGGAGCACAGCAUUCCGGACUCCUCACUCAUUUUCCGUGAUGAGAUCGACCUGGCUGGGCUGCACAGGGCUGGGCUGCUCUCACUGACGUUGGUGGAUCACCAUGUCCUGCCCAGCGCCGAUGCAGCCCUGGAGGAGGCCGUGGUGGAUGUGCUGGAUCACCGGCCGCUGGAGCGGGAAUGGGCACCCAGCUGCCAGCUCACGGUGGAGCUUGUGGGCUCCUGCGCCACGCUGGUGACAGAACGGAUCGCCCAGGGCCCCCCGGGCGUGCUGGACCAGACCACAGCCGCGCUGCUGCAUGGCACCAUCCUGCUGGACAGCGUGAACCUGAGCCCCGCCGCCGGCAAAGUGACGCCCCGCGAUGUGCUCUGCGUCUCCCUGCUCGAGUCGCGCUUCCCGGAGUUGCCGCCCCAUGACAGCAUCUACGGAGCACUGCAGGCAGCCAAGUUUGACGUCUCAGGGCUGACAACGGAGCAGAUGCUGCGGAAGGACCUCAAAACCGUCUCCAGUGAUGAACAAGUCCUCGCCACCAGCGGCAUCUACAUGGACAUAGAGCUCUUCCUGCGCCGCCCUGGUUUGCUGGAGGACCUGGAAACGUUCUGCCAAGCUCGUGGCUACUCUGUGCUGGUGGCCAUGACGGUUUCCUUUAAUGAGCGCUAUGAGCCCAAGCGGCAGCUGGCGGUGUACAGCCAGCACGAGGCCCUGCGGAGCAUGGUGUGCCGUGCGCUGGAGGAGGCCACAACCCCGGCACUGCAGCUGCAGGCCCUGCCCAGCCCCUGGCCCUGCAUCAGUGCCUACGCGCAGGGCAACACACUGGCCUCCAGGAAGAAGGUGCUGCCCAUCCUCCGGGCUGCUCUGGGGGGUAGGCCGGGCACCACGGCGGGGCUGGAGGAGGAGGUGGCUCCUCCACCCACCCCGAUGAACAGCCUGGUGGAAGAGAGCCCACUGGCACAGGCUGUGCCCCCCGUCUGCCCCCAGGCUGUGCUGGAGCGGGUCAGCCGCAUGGCUGCUGAGCAGCCCCCUCCUGACUCUGACAAGUGAGGGGUUCUUAGUGGUGCAUGGGGUGCUGUAGGGGUCACGUCCCCAGCAUGGAGCUGCAGCUUCCUCUGCCUGAGCCUGGCUAGCUGCCGCAGCCCCCUCCUCACUGCCAGUUGCCCCCAGUGCGCCCCCCCCCCCCUUCCUGCUGGGGUUGGUGCUGUGGGGCCUGCAAGGAGCGGGGCAGCACAGUUAAUGAAGGCACUGAGGGGUGUUAAGGAAUUCUUCCCCUCCUGGCUACUGGGGGGGGGGAGGGGGCUGAAGUGCCGGAUCUGGGCACACAGCUGGCUGGAGACUGUUAACCACCAUUUCAGUAUUAAAUUUACCUCUUUCCCCCUCACUGCUGGCUGUUGGUUUUUCUUUAUUAAUCCCCAGUGCUGCCCCACACCCAGCACAGCCCCACAGGUGUCCCGCCUCCUGGGCUGGGUUGGGGAUGUGACAGAGCUGAACCCCCACAUCCAGCCCCCCCCCAGCCCCACAUCCCCCUAGCACUGAGCAGCCUGGGCAGCCCAUAGGCCCCAUCUCUGCCUAGCACAAGAUUUUAUUUCAAAGGUGGGGUUUUGUCGGUUUGUUUUUCCAGUGGGUUUUCCAGGGGGAUAAAAACUGACUCAAGCAUCUGUGCUCACAGGGCACACCGUGGGGCUGAGCAGCCCAGCAGCACUGGGAGCACAGGGGAGGGAAGGGAAGCUCGGCUGCCCGUGUGGCUCCGGCAUCUGCUUGUUCCUGUUCAGCCCCGGCGCUAUUUAAACUAUGUACACGUGCGCCUGAAUUGGGAACCUGAGAGUCCCUCUUUCCUGGGGGAGCAGCCGGUGCCGGUGAAAGCCUGACGGUAACAGGAGAGGCCAAGUGGGGGUUUUUGAGCUUUU